AUGGGAAGAGCAAAAAUAGAGAUAAAGAGAAUAGAGAACAAGACAAACAGAGGGGUGACAUACUCAAAGCGUAGAAAAGGGCUAAUUAAGAAAGCCUAUGAACUUAGUGUGUUGUGUGACACUGAUGUUGCUCUACUCAUGUUCUCUCCUACGGAUCGACUUACGUCUUUCUCUCCGAAACAAAGAAUCGAAGAUGUGCUUUCUCAUUUUAUGAACCUCUCUGAACGCGAAAGAGGAAGGAUGAUGCAUGGAACCAAUCCAGCUGCUGCCUCUGCCACUAGCCAAAUUCAUCAGGAACUCAGGCAGGAAAUUAAUGCUUUGCUACAACAAAUUCAUGUAGCUGAGGAAAAAUUAAGUAUGUACGAGCCUGAUCCUGGGAAGAUGACAUCAAUGGAAGAGCUGGAAGCAUGUGAGAAACAACUUGAGACCCUCUUAGUUUCUGUCACUAAGAGAAAGAUGAAUUUAAGUUCAAAAGUGAAGGCAAGUGAAGAAGAGAGCAACGAAGCGGAUUUAUUAUCUUAUGACGAUGCUUUUAAUCAACCACAAAUUUUCGACUAUGGUACUACUUCUGAAAGGAAUAAUGUGUUUUCAUCAACAAUGGUUCCUCCAGAUAUUAAAGGAAGCAAAUCCAAUAUGAAUGUUGAAAAAGAGCAAGUUAUAAAUGAUAAUAACAUCUUGUCAUGGCCUUAUAUGUAACAAUUCGAGUGAUACUAUCUUUUGUGACCACGCAACGCAAUAAGCAAGAUCGAAGAAUUUUAUGUCCCGUGCCCAUAAGUUUUUGUCGCACUGAUUUAAAUUUUCGAUAACUCUCUAGGUGUGAGUUUGAAUAAAUAUGCGUUCAUAUUUGUAUAUGAGCACGAUAUAUUAUUACUACUUGUAGUGAGUAAGUAAUAAAACUUUCAUCUUAUAUAUA